CUUAAGUUUCUAUAGUAACUUACUAGGUUAAAUUUCUAUAGUGACUUAUUAGGUUAAGUAACCACAAGUUGAUAAGAUUUUGUUCUAAUUAUUUAAUUUUAUUUUAGUUACUGAAUAUAUUUAAAAAAAUACAAGAUGGGUAUGCGUAAACAUGCUCAAUUUGUUGCUCGAACAGUUAUGGUUCAAAAUAAUAAUAUAGAGAAAGCUGCUCGUUUAUUGAAUAAUAUAUUGUCAAAAGAAGGUAUUUUUGAGCAAUAUAGAUAUACAAGAUACUAUGAAAAACCUACUCAAACAAGAAGAAGAGUUAAUUUUGAAAAGUGUAAAGCACUUUAUUCUGAAGACAUGAAUAGAAAAAUUCGUUUCAUUUUAAGAAAAAAUAGAGAAGAUCCAUUUCCUGGCAGUUCAUAAAACAUUUAUUAAUUUUGAUAUUAUUUAUAGGUCAAUAUGUACAUGAUAUGAUUGUAUAUUUUUAUUUUAUCGAUAUUAUUCAUAUGCACAAGUAGCAUAACAUUAAUAAAUUAUGAAGUUAAUAUAAUGUAACAUUCAAUAAAUUAUAAAAUUUAAUCAAAUUAAUCUGUAGAAUAAAGUACAAAUUAAUAAAAAUAUGCAUAAUGCAAUA